AUGGCCAAUACUUCUUCAAUUGCUCCCACCGAGACUCCCUUGACUGGCCACAUGAAUCCUUUGUUUGAUUUGCCAGAGGAUCGGACAGGUGACGACCGACGAGCCACCUGUAUCCGACAAGACCCCUUGUUACGCGUGGGCACUCCGGCUCGGGACAUUUUCGAGAAGAAUAAUCAAAUGUCAAUUGAAGUGAAAUUCAAGAUCUAUACCGACCUCGAGGUCGACAUGAAUGCUCCAAAUCAGAGCACCCCAAAGGUUGGGGCUGGUAAGAAGGCACCGAAGUCAGCCAAACUCAAUUUGAUAGACUCUAAAGCAAUCAACAGUCAUUACCUCGAGAUCAAGACUUGUCCGUUUGGAAAGAGUCUUAACGAAUUUAAGGAGCAGGUGGCUGAAGCUUGUGAAGUUUAUGAGCCUGGUAUGAAAAAGAUUAUUCUCAACAGUUCUUUCUCGCCAGACCUGAAGUGGAAAGCCAAUGUUGGCCGGUCCAAGUCGGUUCUCAACGAUUACGAACAAUGGCAACUUUUUGUCGAUGCUCUUGAAAAGUCGACCAAAAAAUCGGGAGUCGUUUCAAUUGAGAAUGAAAAUGUACAAGUCAAAGCAAAAGAUGGUAGUAAGCUGAUUGCGACGGCUAACGGAGGUGGGGUAGAUGAUCAAGAAUUGGAGGAAUCAAAGCAAGAACGAGAGUUGCAAACUUUGGCUAACCAGAUUUUUAGUCAGCAUGCCAUCGACAAGUCGACCGGAGGCCCUGGAAAGCUCUUGACCACCCCGUGGGAUCCGACUUUUCAAUAUCGAUUGGUGUACCCCGCUGCCUGGAUAUGGGCUAAAGGUGUGGCGGCCAACAUUGCAACCGUCGAUAUACCUCCAAACACUUCGGAGUUUCGGUACGAGAUCAAGAAAACUCAAUGGAUCCACCCUGACAUGGGGGUGGAUCAUCGUGUUCAACUUCGUUUACAAGGUCGCCCUCGAGGAUCCCAAGGGAUCAACUCAAACACUACCCACGUAGGUGUUGGUGGUUCCGGUUUGAAGGACAGUUCGGGCCUUUCGCACUCCAGCUCCAUGCCCGAGAUGAAGCCGAACUUGGAGCAGCUCGGUGAAAAACGUAACGCCUCUGGGCCCAGUGAUUUGAUUGAUGUCAAGCCAAACUUGAAGAAGAUGAAGGUUGAAGCACUUCCCAACAAUACAAUUGACAACCCGAUUUAUGUGUCUAGUGAAUUCGAAAGUGACUGGGACAGUUCGAAUGAAAGCAGCAAUGUCUCGAUCGAAAUUGAGAACCCUUCCACCUCUCACUCAGUGGCUUUAGAGUUGUUUCUCGUUGACUGCGAGAUAGCUUCGGACGACGAUGCCACUCGGACCGUCCUUAGAGAUGCUGGUAUCAAGUCCUGGACUGACUUGAUACCAAGCCUCCAACUCACGGAAUCGACUUUGACGGCCAAGGGUAUGGACCGUCAAAUAGCCAACCGCCUGAUGAGCGAGGCCCAAGCUCGAUUUAACAAGUGGAACAUAGAUGUUACCGAAAAUUUGUUCCCUUCCUGA